AUGGCAUACUACGGUGGACAGCAGCCGUAUAACUACGCCCCUAACAACAGAUACCAGUCUCCUAUGCCGCCAGGACAACCGCCCAUCCCGCCGCCCUAUCCCUCAGCUUCCGCACAACCGCAACCGCCCUUCUCACCGCCCUACUCUCCCGCGUCGACUCAGGCUCCCUACGGCUCGCAUUCACCAUAUCCUCAACAACAGUCCGGUUACAACAGGCCUCCACCGCCGCCGCCGGGUCAGCCACAGUCGCCGUACCCCGGCCAGCAGAACCAAUACCAGCAACAACCUUACGGACAGCAGGACCAGUACCGACAACAGCCAUACGGACAGCAACAACCUUAUGGACAACAGCAACAGCAACAGCCUUAUGGACAGAACCAAUACGGCCAGCAACCGCCCUAUGGAAAUCCACAUGGUCAGCCUGGACAAGGUCCACCAGGCCAACAACAGUACGGAGGUCCACCUCCAGGCGGUCAAUAUGGUGGAGCCCCACAGCAGCAGGGACCGCCCGGCGACCCUGCCGCAUUCAGACAGCUCCUGCAGGCCUGCAUUCAGGAGAAAGGCCUGCAAUCUUUCUACCCGCCAGGAUCGCCUGUUCUUGAACAGAUCGCACAGAAGGCUCCUCAGCUCAUCAGCCAGGUCAUGUCGCGAUGGAAGCUUCCGAAGGAAAUUGCGAAUGACGUGGUGAAGCUCGCUCUGUACGACAUCUGGCUGUACAUUGAUGAUUCCGGCUCCAUGCAAUUCGAGGAAGGUGGCGAGCGAAUCAAGGACCUGCGCCUUAUUCUGGAGCGGGUCGCUUUCGCCGCGACGCUUUUCGAUGCUGACGGUAUAAACGUCCGAUUCAUGAACACAAACUUGCCCGACAACCUGGCAAAUCACGUAGCACAGGAAGCUCAGAUCGAAAACCUUAUGCGCGGCGUCCAGUUCAAGGGUCUGACUCCCAUGGGAACAAGCUUGAAGAAGAAGGUCAUUGAGCCACUUAUCCAGCAAGCCCGCUCGGGUCAGUUCAGGAAGCCCGUGCUCGUCAUCACAGUUACCGAUGGGCAGCCGGCUGGCGAGCCGCAGAAUGCCGUCUUGGAGGCCAUCAAUGAAGCCGUUCGUUCGCUACCACAAGGCGGUAUCGCUUUCCAGUUCGCGCAGGUUGGUAAUGAUCAAGCCGCCCGUGCGUUCCUAGGAAAGUUGGACGAGGACCCUUCGCUUGAUAAGUUCAUUGACUGCACAUCAAACUUUGAGAACGAGCAAGAAGAGAUGGCCCGGGCGAACCCCCCUGUCGAUCUGACCCCCGAUACGUGGAUCUUGAAGCUUAUUCUCGGUGCCAUCGAUUCCAGCUACGACUCUCAAGACCAGAAGAGCAGCGCCCCCACUGGCGGAUAUGGAGGUGCUCCCCAGCAAGGCUACGGCGGACCCCAAGGCGGCGCUCCUUACGGCCAACCGCCGCAGCAAGGUGGUUACCCUCCACAGGGUCAGCAAUACGGAGCUCCUCCCCAGCAGGGCUACGGCCAGCAGCCUCAGGGCCAAGGGUACCCGCCUCAGGGUCAGUAUGGAGCACCUCCACCAGGUGGUCGCCCUCCGCAAGGUGGUGGCUACCCAGGGCAGCAGCCUCAGUACGGUGCACCUCCCCCAGGCGGUCGCUACUAG